CUCACUUUGGCAUGCUACAAAUGACACUGGCCCCCGGCGCGUAGUCACCUCCGGUCGGGUGCAGUGCGGGAGUCGGGGUGGCACGCUGCAGGCAAAGGUUGUGAACAUGAGUCCUACGGCCUGGGCGCAACGCUGGGCCGCCGCCCUGCUUCUCGUCGCCGCCGCCGCCGCCGGGGCUGCAGUGGAAAACAAGUGCAGCAGGAAUGAGUUCCAGUGCCAGGAUGGGAGAUGCAUCUCCAUCAAGUGGGUGUGUGAUGGCAGUGCUGAGUGCCAGGAUGGCUCUGAUGAAUUGGAAGAGACAUGCAUGUCUGUCACCUGCAAAUCAGAGGAUUUCCGCUGUGGAGGUCGUGUCAACCGCUGUAUUCCUAACAUCUGGAGAUGUGAUGGUCAAAUUGACUGCGAGAAUGGCUCAGAUGAGUUAGGCUGUGCCCCUAAGACAUGCUCCCAGGAAGAGUUCCGCUGCCACGACGGCAAGUGUAUCGCUCACCAGUUCCUGUGCGACGGGGACCGGGACUGUCUGGAUGGCUCGGAUGAGGCCUUGUGUCCAGCAACCACCUGCGGCCCUGCGAGCUUCCGUUGCAACUCCUCCACCUGCAUUCCCAAGCUGUGGGCCUGCGACCAAGAUCCUGACUGUGAGGAUGGUUCUGAUGAGUGGCCCCAGCACUGCGGGGGCCACGACAUGUCCUCCUCCCCAGGGGACAACAAUCCCUGCUCGAACCUCGAAUUCCACUGUCGCAGCGGAGAGUGCAUCCACAUCAGCUGGCUGUGUGAUGGCGGCUUUGACUGCAAAGACAAGUCUGAUGAAGAAAACUGUGCUGUGGCCACCUGCCGCCCUGAUGAAUUCCAGUGCUCUGAUGGCCCGUGCAUCCACGGCAGCCGGCAGUGUGACCGAGAAUAUGACUGCAAGGACAUGAGUGACGAACUCGGCUGCAUCAAUGUGACGCUGUGUGAGGGCCCCAACAAUUUCAAGUGCCUAAGUGGUGAAUGCAUCACCAUGGACAAAGUGUGCAACUCAGCCCGGGACUGCCGUGACUGGUCAGACGAGCCCAUAAAGGAAUGCAAGACCAAUGAGUGCUUAGAUAGCAAUGGUGGCUGUUCCCACGUCUGCAAUGACCUCAAGAUCGGCUAUGAGUGCUUGUGUCCCAGUGGCUUCCGGCUGGUGGACCGACACAAAUGCGAAGAUAUUGAUGAGUGUCAGGAGCCAGACGCUUGCAGCCAGUUGUGCGUGAACCUGGUGGGCAGCUACAAGUGUGAGUGUAAUGCAGGUUUCCAGAUGGACCCCCACACAAGGACAUGCAAGGGUGUGGGGUCUAUCGCCUACCUCCUCUUUACCAACCGCCACGAGGUAAGGAAGAUGACACUGGAUCGGAGCGAGUACACAAGCCUCAUUGCUAACCUGAAGAAUGUGGUCGCUCUGGACACAGAGGUGGCCAGCAACAGAAUCUACUGGUCUGACCUGUCUCAAAGAAAGAUCUACAGCACCCAGAUCGACACAGCCCCUGACAUGUCCUAUGACACUGUCAUCAGCGGGGACCUGCAGGCUCCAGACGGGCUGGCUGUAGAUUGGAUCCAUGGCAAUAUAUACUGGACUGAUUCUGUCCUGGGCAGUGUAUCUGUGGCUGAUACCAAAGGCCUGAGGAGGAGGACGCUGUUUCAAGAGAAAGGCUCCAAGCCCAGGGCCAUCGUGGUUGAUCCUGUGAACGGCUUCAUGUACUGGACAGAUUGGGGGACCCCCGCCAAGAUCAAGAAAGGGGGCCUCAAUGGUGUGGACAUAUACUCCCUAGUGACAGAAGAUAUCCAAUGGCCCAAUGGCAUCACACUGGAUCUUUCCAGCAGCCGCCUCUACUGGGUUGACUCCAAACUCCACUCCAUCUCCAGCAUCGAUGUCAACGGGGGCAAUCGGAAGACCAUCUUGGAGGAUGCGAAGCGGCUAGCCCACCCCUUCUCCUUGGCCAUCUUCGAGGAUAAGGUGUUUUGGACAGACAUCAUGAAUGAAGCCAUUUUCAGUGCCAAUCGCCUCACAGGCUCAGAUGUUAAUUUGGUGGCUGAAAACCUCUUGUCGCCAGAGGAUAUUGUCCUAUUCCACAAUAUCACACAGCCAAAAGGGGUGAAUUGGUGUGAGAAAGCAGCCCUCCCCAAUGGUGGCUGCCAGUACCUGUGUCUGCCGGCUCCACAGAUCAAUCCCCACUCCCCCAAGUUCACUUGUGUCUGUCCAGAUGGCAUGCUUCUGAGCAAGGACAUGAGGAGCUGCCUCCCAGAGGUCACUUCUGUCCUGACCACCCGGGAGCCGUCUACCACCAGGCCUGUGGUCAGCACUACAGCCAGGAGGCCCACAGACAGCACUUCUGGGGCUCUUGACAUCCCUGGGCUCGGCACAAUGGAGUCGGUGACGAUGUCCCGCCAAGUCCAGGGAAACGCCGCCAGUAGAGGGCAUGAGGAGCAGCCACACAGCGUGGGCGCCUUGUCCAUCGUCCUCCCCAUUGUGCUCAUUGUUCUCCUCUGCUUUGGGGCCUUCUUGGUCUGGAAGAACUGGAGGCUGAAGAACAUCAACAGCAUUAACUUUGACAACCCCGUGUACCAGAAGACCACGGAGGACGAGGUCCACAUUUGCCGUCACCAGGACGGCUAUACCUACCCCUCGAGACAAAUGGUCAGCCUGGAGGACGACGUGGCGUGAGCCGCUGCCCAGAGCUUUGUCCCCAGCCCCGUGGCUGUGCACUUCCCUGCCCAAGACCGAUCCUGACACGUCGGUGGCCGACCGUUUUGCUCAGAGCAAGAAAAGACCAAAGGUGCCGCGGUGACUGAGCGCAGCCGUCUGUCCUCCCGGACUCUGUUUUAUAUAUUUAUUCCUCUGGGAGGCAGGACGGGCUGCCUGCUGUGCCCAUGGAAUGGGUUCCAGCUGGGACUUCUGUCUGUCCGUUCUAAGAGGAAGAAGAGAGAAGCCCAGAGUGAGACGGCAUCUCGGGUCCUGUAGGUGACUCUGCCCCUCUCUACCGCCGCUUGAAGGAUGAAAAAGCAGGGAGAACAUGUGACAGCAAGUGCUACCGGCCGUUGCCCUCCACAGACCCCCAAACUCAGGACUACAUGUGUUUACCUCUGCCUUGCCCCUUAACCAGUUAGCCUUGGCCUUGCCACCCCAAAUCAGGUCUUUGAAGCCAGGCUUGUGCCCUACGUAAGCCAGAAAGUAGCCUGUGAGGGGUGGUGGUGUGUGGUUGGGCCGGGGGCCAGCAGCUGCCACGACCCAGCCCAGCGCGCUCAUCAGCCAAAAGCUUUGCUAGUUUUCCAAGGAGCUGCCUGACUCACCCGUCCCCCUUAAUAUUUAUAAAGUGCCUGAGACCCAGUUACCUUGCUCAGGACACGCAGCCUCUGCUUGCUGAGAACAUCCUACAGCCCUGGUGAAGCUCUCAACCUUCCCGCAUCUUGUGUCCUCUGCUCUCCUUGCAUCGUUCAGGGUUGUGUAUGGGUUAAUUCGACAUUCCUGUUCUUUGCACUGCUUUCUAUCCUGUGUGUCAGGUUGGGAUCACGGACUGGAGGAGUCUGUGUUGAUGAGUAAUGGGAAGGGGGGCAUGCCGAGGAAAGAAAAGGUCUGGUUAGCUUGUGGGGGGCGGCUCACGCCUAUAAUCUCAGCACUCAGUAGGUGGAGGCAGGAGGAUUACCAUGAGUUUGAGACCUGGACAACAGAGAACCGAGUUCCAGGCUAGCUAGGCUAGAGUGAGACUCUGUCUCCAAAAAACCACAAAAAAACAAACGUUUUCAGGCCAGCCUGAAACUAUAGAGUGUUUCCAAGUCAGCCUGGGCUAAAAUGAGACCUCAAAAAAAAAAAAAAAAAGAACAGGAACAAGUUGAUCAGGACUUCAUAGCCAUGACUACAAACAUUUGGAAUAGCCAUUUCCUCCUCCUCCUCCUUUUUUCUUCAGUGUGUGGGUAGAACUCAGGGCCCUUUGGGUGCUGUCCAAGUACUCUACCACUGAGCUACACCCUCAGCCCCCUCACCUGCUUGACUUUUGCCCUGUUGGUGUUUGCACUUCUAUACCAACACCACAGAGUUAUUAAUCUCCUUGAAAGAGCAGUGGUCCAACACAGAUUCAGCAGAAAUGUGUGUGGCCAAGCAGGGCGUGGAGGCACAAACCUGUCAUCCCAGUAUUGAGCACUAGGGAAGCUGAGGCAAGUGGAUUGCCAUGAGUUUAAAGCAAACCUGACCUGUAACAUGUGACCUUGUCUUGGAAAAAAAAAAGUGAGAAAAACUUAAAACCAGUGUGGGUGUACACAUCUAUGAUCCUGAACUCUUAAGGUAAA